AUGCAAGGUUAUUUACUAAAAGCCUCCACUUCAGUAUUAUUCAUGGAGGACACCAUCUUGUUGUCAACAACUGUGUCGUCAUUUCCUCGAUACAGUAAAUCACGUGACAGGUCACAUGACGUAAAAAUGGCAGCGCGCAGGGAAAUCAAAUGGCAAAAAAUUUUGUAUGAGCAUCAAAAUGUUCCCGACAACUACGUCGAUGAGUCUUUUCUUGAAGAAAUGAAAAAGAAUUUGUAUAUAAGAAACUAUGAAUAUUGGUCAGUUGUAAAAGCAUCUGGUGAAAUAACACAACAGAUAAGUAGUAUGUGUUUGUUUAUUGUAUCUUUUAUCUACAUGGAUGACAAAAGACUCUUACCAGAUACCCUAGUUCUAAUCACAAUUGCUGUCUCUGUGGUUGGAUAUAUUAUCAGUAAACUAGCAGACAAGUUUACUACAGUAGAUUCUUCAGACGAAAAGAAUCAGAGAACAGUUUUAGAGGACCUGAAAACGUUUGUGAUGUUCACGGGAUUUAGCUACUGUUUAUCUCCAGUGCUGGCAUCCCUAACAGAGACAAUAUCUACCGACACAAUCUAUGCAAUGACAACUGUGAUGCUUCUUGCCAACUUAGCAUUUCAUAAUUAUGGAGUACAGGCAGCAUUGGUAUCCGAAGCCUUCUCACUGAAUGCUGCAAUAUUCGCCUCUGUGUGUCUGGCCUCCCGUCUUCACACUUCCUGGCAUGCCUUUGCUACAGUUUUAUUCUCACUACAAAUCUUUGGUCUUUGGCCCAGGUUAAGACACAAAAUCAAGGAGGCAUUCCCUGCUGUAAAUGUAGCACUGACUGUGGUGUUGGGAUCCUUGGCACUGCUGGCUUUGUUUACGGUUUCUAUGGUUCCUGCUGUGGUUUUUAUUCUUGGCCACGUCUUUAUUACAUUUAUCUGCCCAGCAUGGUUGAUCAGUCUACAACCUCUGAAAAAUAAUAUUCAUGGACCAUGGGAUGAGGCUGUGAUAAAAAAUGACUGACAUCCAAGAUAGAGACUUUACUAGGCUUAGCCCGUACACACAAACUCUGCUAUGGCCCUAAGAUCAGGAUGAGCCACGCCUUGGACGGUGUUCCAGUGAAGAGAAAGCCAAAUGCUGUCACUGAUACAAGUGGUAUUGUCCAAUCAAUCAGAAAGAUACCAAACGCUGUGGUUUAUGGUAAACACAAGCAUGAAGUUAACCAGCCGCAUCCUUGAUACAUGUAUUAUAGUCUGAUGGAUGUAUAGAGAUGGUAUUCUAUAUGUUUGUAAUGCUGUAGAUAUUUAUGUAUGUUAUUUUGAGUAUAUAUAUAAACAAAUAAACACUUAUA